GAACAGACAUACGAGGGAAAAACAAUGAAGUCUCUGUCCCCUCUUCUUUCUCUUCCUCUUGCGAAACCUCCAAUGGCCUUCUCAACCACCUCUCUUCAAUCCUUACCUUCCAUCUAUGCCGUCACUCAACAACGAAAAACACCCACUCCGAAACGCUCUUCAAUACCCACCAAAACCCUCUCUCCACCCACCACCACCAAUACUACCACCCAUCUCCCUCGAAAGAAGGUUUUGGUUCCGAUUGGAUUUGGUACGGAGGAAAUGGAAGCUGUGAUAUUGGUUGAUGUAUUGCGCCGAGCUGGUGCAGAAGUGACCUUGGCGUCGGUAGAGCCAGAGCUAGAGAUUGAAGCUUCUGGAGGUACCAGACUUGUUGCUGAUACGUCUAUCUCGACUUGUUCCGAUGAUAUUUUUGAUCUAGUUGCUUUGCCGGGAGGAAUGCCUGGCUCAGCACGAUUAAGAGACUCUGAAAUUCUCAAAAAAAUUACAAGUAAACAAGCUGAAGAGAAAAGGCCAUAUGGGGCUAUAUGUGCUGCUCCUGCGGUCGCACUUUUGCCAUGGGGCCUUCUCAAGAGGAAACAGACCACUUGUCACCCUGCGUUUAUAGACAAGCUUCCAACCUUCUGGGCUGUCAAAACAAACAUUCAAGUCUCAGGAGAGCUCACAACAAGCCGUGGCCCUGGUACUUCUUUUGAGUUUGCUACAUCGUUAGUGGGACAGCUCUUUGGGGAAUCUGUUGCCAUGGAGGUUGGAAAACUACUGCUCAUGCAUGGUGUUGAUGAUGAUGCUCCCAGAAAAGAAGAAUUCAAUGCAGUUGAGUGGUCUGUGAAUCAUAUCCCUCUUGUACUUAUUCCAGUUGCAAAUGGUUCUGAAGAGAUUGAAGUGGUUGUAAUUGUAGAUAUUUUGAGGCGAGCAAAAGUGGAUGUUGUUGUUGCUUCAGUUGAAAAAUCCUUACAGAUAUUGGCAUCCGGAGGCACAAGAAUCGUUGCAGACAAGUUAAUUGGUUGUGCUGCCGAGUCAAUAUAUGAUUUGAUCAUCCUUCCGGGAGGAAUUAUCGGGGCCGAGCGGCUGCACAAGUCUAGGGUUCUGAAGAAGUUGCUUAAAGACCAAGAAUCAGCUGGAAGAAUAUACGGAGCAAUUUGCUCUUCAUUGACAAUCCUUUAUAGACAAGGCUUGCUCAAGGAUAAGAGAGCCACUGCUCAUCCCUCAGUUAUAAGCUUUCUCAACAAUGAAGACGUCAAAGGUUCCCGGGUUGUUAUUGACGGUAAACUGAUCACAAGCAGGGGACUUGCCACAGCGAUAGAUUUUGCAUUGGAUAUUGUGAGCAAGCUUUUUGGUUAUGCUAGGGCGAGGAGUGUAGCAGAAGGCCUUGUUUUUGAGUACCCCAGGAGCUAGAGAUACGUAAGGAUUGCAGCUGAGGGGCACUGACUAAAUGUCAAGGAUAUAAGAUCUACUGUGUCUAUCGUUUUCCUCUUCCAGCAUGCCCGAGAUGAUGCAAAGUUUCUCAGCUCAAUGACCCUCGGUGACUGGCAGAGAGCAAGUAUUUUUUCUUCUGAACUCUACAAAUAGCAUUCUUGAUAGAGAUUAAGUUGUGGUCCCAUUUACCAUUAUUGCCAUGCGACAAUUGAUCUAUAUAGAUCACUUUUGCAGUUUCAUGUUGCUUUGCGAACAUUCUGAUGUAUACUAUCGUGAUAAAAAGAAAUAUAUUAACAUAAACAGUUGUGGUUUGCCAAAAUUCUUGCAGUGUUAACAGAG